AUGGUUGGCGAGCAGCGAUGCGCGAUCAGCGUCCGCAUUAUUGGAGUCUUGCACAAAGACGCGCCGAAACUAAAGGUGUUCAUGACAUCUGUUUCAUGGUCUGACGACAGUGAAGUGAUUGUGUACAGGUCCUUCCAGGAAUUCAAGGAAUUUCAUAGGCAGCUGAAGAAGAGGUUCCCCCUUCUGAACCCUCUAAAGAGAAAGGAUAGAGUCAUCCCAAAAUUUAGAGUGAGGACCGUGAAGAGCAGCCUGCGGCAGAAAGGCUCCAGCCAGUCAGUCCGCAGGAUGAGGUUCCUGGAGGGCUACUGCUCCAAGCUGAUGAGGUGCGACCUCACUGUAACCCAGAGUUCAGAGGUCACACAGUUCUUCAUGCCCAAAGAGCAGGACCUGCAGCCAGACCUCACAAAGAACUGCAUCAUGAUCCUGCUGUCAGAUGACGGGUCCGGUGAAGGAGGGGGCAGUGUCAACCACCAGCCUGCAGGCAACAUCACACACCCAUUUGUGAACCAGACCUACCGCUGUGUGGCCACUUAUGAGACCAAGGACACCAAGAACCGCCCGUUUAAAGUUGCCCUGAAUGAGAAGCUGGAGGUCCUCAUCAAAGACCCUGCAGGUUGGUGGCUGGUGGAGAAUGAGGACAAGCGUCUGGCUUGGUUCCCUGCUCCCUAUCUGGAGUUAAAUGAAGAAGAAGAGGAGAACGAUAAUGAGUGUCUUCUUGGAGGGGCCCUGUACUGUGCUGCAAGGAGCUAUUCGACUAAGAAGGAUGACGAGGUGUCUGUGAAUAUUGGCUCCGUGGUGGAAGUGCUGAGGAAAUCAGACGAUGGCUGGUGGCUCAUCAGAUACAAUGGCAAGACAGGCUAUGUUCCCUCUAUGUACCUGCAGCCAUACAACAACCCCCGGGCGGGCCUGUACAGUGUGCAGAGGAAGCUGCACAGCUCCACCCUAAACCUGGCAACCAACGGAUCAACUCACGGAAGCUCUAUCAAUCUGUCAAAGAGGGAAGCGCAAGCUGGUGUUUCCUAUCCAUCCAGCAUUCUUGAAGAAAACAUGCCAGGGCAGGAUUCUCCACCAAAGUCCAGCGGUGAGCUAGAUUUCCCGCUGCGGCUCCACAAGGCCUGUUCCCUGGAUGUUCUUUCUGAGACUUGGACCCACAUGGCCGUCCCACCCGAGGACCAGAGGGACAUCUCAAUCCUGGACAGCCGCAAGAGCAGCAUGAGCAAUAUGAGCACUGAAUCUGAACUCUCCAUCUUAUCCUCAAGCAGCUCACUGCGCAGCGGGUCUUCCUCAAGUCACAAAGAGCAAGAGCAGCGCCAGAGCCACCCAGACCGUACGGCAUCCUCACCCUCACCCAGCAUCACCAGCAGCGGGCACAGCAACUCCGAUUUCAGCCUCUCCAACCUGCCCAGCCCGAGCAUGAGCUCUGACAGCAUGGUGGCUUCUGUCGCCCCCAGGGUGCCACCCAGACCCAAGGCCCAGGAGAUCCUGACCCGCUGCACCACCAUGACCCGCAAAGCCGCCCUGGCAUCCAAGGCCCGGCUUCUGCCUCAACCAGAGGCCAUCCACAGCCGCUGA